UACUGCGGAAAUACAUGUUGCUCAGAUCAGAGCUCAAACUAGUUUCACUUCUCAGAAAGUGAGAGUCAGGCAGUCAUUGUCAGUGAGAGGAGAAAUGGAGCAGAAACGAGCUAAGCUGGACCGGGAUGCCUUGUCUUGUUUGAUCUGUCUGGAUCUACUGAGCGAUCCAGUGACUACGUCUUGUGAACACAGCUACUGCACAAAAUGUAUUAAAAGCUUCUGGGAUACAGAGGAUGACAAGGGACUCUACAGCUGCCCUCAGUGUGGGCAAAUCUUCAAACCGAGGCCCGUCUUGGUGGAAAACACAACGUUAGCAGAUUUAGUGGAAGAAUUUAAGAACAAUGGAGUCCAAACUGAUCACUGCAAAGCUGAAGCUGAAGAUGUGGACUGUGAUUUCUGCACUGGGAUCAAACUGAAAGCGAACAAGUCCUGUCAUGUGUGUUUGGUCUCUCUCUGUGAGCAACACCUUCAGCCUCACUUUGAAUUACCAAUCUUUGAAAAGCACAAGCUGGUGGAUCCGUCCAAGAAGCUCCAGGAGAACAUCUGCUCUCGUCACAAUGAGGUGAUGAAGAUGUUCUGCCGUACUGAUCGGCAGUGUAUCUGUUAUCUCUGCCCUGUGGAUGAACACAAAGACCACGACACAGUCUCUGCUGUAGCAGAAAGGACUGAAAGACAGAAGGAGCUCGAGGGGAAUCAACCAAACAUCCAGCAGGGACUCCAGGACAGAGAAAAAGAGGUGAUGCUGUUUCAACCUGAGAUGGAGGCCAUCAAUCGCUCUGCUGAUAAAGCAGUGGAGGACAGCGAGAAGAUCUUCACUGAACUGAUCCGAUUUAUUGAGAAAAGAAGCGCUGAUGUGAAAGAGCAGAUCAGAUCGCAGCAAAAAAGCGAGGUCAGUCGAGUCCCAGAGCUUCGGGAGAGGAUGGAGCAGGAGAUCGCUGAGCUGAAGAGGAACGACGCCGAGCUGACGAAGCUUUUACACACCGAGGAUCACAACCAGUUUCUACACAACUACCCCUCACUGACACCACUCAGCGAACCUACAGACUCAUCCAGCAUCAAUAUCCGUCCUCUGAGAUGCUUUGAGGGUGUGACAGCGGCUGUGUCAGAAGUCAAAGGAAAACUACAGGACUUUCUGAGUGAGACAUGGACAAACAUCUCACUGGCGGUGACUGAUGUGGACGUUUUACUGUCCCAUCCGGAGCCCCAAACCAGAGCUGAAUUCUUAAAAUGUUCGCAGAAAAUCACACUGGAUCCAAAUACAGCACACACACAGGUGUCAGUGGGGAACAGAGGAGCAACAUUCACGAGAGACCAACAGUCUUAUCCAAGUCACCAAGACCGAUUCACUACACUUCGUCAAGUCCUGAGUAGAGAGAGUCUGACUGGUCGUCGUUACUUGGAGGUAGAGUGGAGUGGGAUAGGGGUUGAGGUAGCAGUCACUUACAAGGAUAUCAGCAGAACAGGGGGCUUUGGAUCCAAUGACAAAUCUUGGGCGUUAAGUCAUCUCAAUAAAAGUCUUACAUUUCAUCACAACAAUGUCUGCACUCACGUCUCAGGUCCGUGGUCGUCCAGAGUAGGAGUGUACCUGGAUCACAGUAGGGGCCUUCUGUCCUUCUACAGCGUCUCUAAAACCAUGACUCUCCUCCACAGAGUGCAGACCACCUUCACUCAGCCGCUCUAUGUUGGGUUUUGCUUUAAUUACAGUUGGGGAGACUCUGCCACGUUCUGUGAACUCACUUCUACAGAAGACGUGUAAGGGGCAGCGGGUUGGAGUUUGUGUUUUAAAGCUAACGGCGGGUAGUUGCUGUCGCCCUCAUGAGGAAUUCUACGUAAUGACAACAACACUGUCCACGCAUCCACAUGCUGCAAUCUUUCGGUGAUCGAGCACCGCACCCCACUACCACGCAGUUGCAAGUAGUUGAACCCAUCAAAUCCAGGAGGACACAAAGGAUAAAAAA